AUGGGAGUUGCAGAGCAAAUGGGACGCGUUUUGCAAAACGUCAGUAUCAGUGCCAAUAUUAAAGAGCGGUUGGAUUUCACUUGUGCGAUUUUCACACCCGAAGGAGAUUUGGUUGCCAACGCACCCCAUGUACCCGCCAUGAUCGGGAGUAUGGCAUUUGCAGUCAGAUCACAGAUUGCUGAGUGGCAGGGCAAGCUGCAGGAUGGUGAUGUUUUGCUCUCCAAUACACCAGCAUUUGGAGGUGUGCAUCUUCCUGACCUCACGGUCAUCACCCCUGUGUUUGACUCUGAGGGGAAAGAGAUAAUAUUUUGGGCUGCUUCGCGCGGUCACCAUGCCGACGUUGGAGGCAUACUUCCUGGCUCAAUGCCACCCCUGUCAAAGCUUUUAUCCGAAGAGGGUGCAGUAUUUGAUUCAUAUCUGCUGGUGCGCGCUGGUAAUUUCGACGAGGAAGAGCUUCACCGCAGGUUAUGCGUAGAGCCUGCGCGUUUCCCGGGAUCCAGUGGAUCCCGAUGCUUCCAGGAUAAUGUCACCGAUUUGAAAGCGCAGGUUGCUGCAAACCACUGUGGCAUCCGUCUCGUGCGGCAACUGAUCGAAGAAUAUUCUAUGGAUGUGGUUCAGAUGUACAUGCGCGCCAUUCAAGACUCAGCUGAGCUGGCGGUGCGGAAUCUCUUGAAGCGUCUUGCCCAUGAUCACAAUGGGGAAGAGAUAUCUGCGGUCGACUACAUGGACGACGGUACCCCAAUCAUGCUCAAGGUAACCAUUGAUGAAUCAGAUGGUUCCGCCAUCUUUGACUUCACGGGAACAGGUCCAGAGGUUUAUGGAAACUGGAAUGCGCCAAUUGCGAUCUGCAACUCUGCAGUCAUCUUUGCCUUGCGCUGUAUGGUCAACUCCGACAUUCCCCUCAACCAGGGCUGCAUCAAACCUGUUCAGCUUAUCAUCCCUGACAGGUCACUGUUGCGGCCGAGCUUCGAAGCCGCGGUGUGCGCGGGUAACGUAUUAACCUCACAACGGAUCGUGGACGUCAUUUUCAAGAGUUUCAAGAUCUGCGCUGCCAGUCAAGGAUGCAUGAAUAAUUUCACCUUCGGCAAUGACGGGGAGAACGGGUUCGGAUACUAUGAAACUAUCGCUGGCGGGAGUGGUGGAGGCCCUGGAUGGGCUGGUACAAGUGGCGUGCAUACCAACAUGACCAACACGCGCAUUACCGACCCCGAAUCACUUGAACGACGUUAUCCGGUGAUUCUCCGUCGUUUCAGUCUUCGAGAUGGAAGUGGCGGUGCCGGAAUGUAUCCUGGAGGAGAAGGCGUUAUCAGAGAUGUUGAGCUGCGGCUGCCGAUGUCUGUGUCCAUUCUUUCGGAACGCCGCAGCUUCGCACCUUACGGUAUGGCAGGCGGCGCUGAUGGCAAGCGCGGAAAGAACACAUGGAUCACCAAGGCCGGUCGACAUAUCUCCGUUGGUGGCAAAAAUUCGAUCCGCGUCCAACCCGGAGACCGAUUCGUCAUCGAAACACCCGGUGGUGGAGGAUAUGGAGUCCUUGGAGAGCCAAGGAAAUCAACUGUGGAUCAGUCAACGGUCAUGCCGUCGUUUGUUCCCAUCGCCAACGGUAGUGUGGCCGCCAACCGGAGUUUGGCGGAGGAGGUAUAG